CUUGUACAUGUGGCGAUAAUGACUUAAUAACAUUUUAUUAGGUUUUAUCAUGCUGUGUUGCUACCUUUAGACAACCAUCGAGUAGUCGUUUGCUCCAAGGUAGAUCCCCUUGCUCGCAUUACCAAUAUCUGAGCCCGAAAACGUUCAGUCUUUAUCAUCUGCUGCGCCGUCGAAUUCUCAGAAACUUCUGUGAGUUGUAGCGCAGGCACGCUCUAGCAAGGCAAUCCCACUAUCUGGGAGACAAAAGCCAUAGCAACACGACAAAGGCAGGACAGGAAGAUCACAGAAUUAUGUCUGUCGACAUUGCAAUUUUGUCUAUGUUUCAAUUGCUUUAUUGUUAAUAUUCGAGAAAGUACGCCGUCGCUUUUUUAUUAGUCCCCCACGCGCUUCUCGAAACUGUAUGCAUUCGCUUCACAGGUAGCGUUCUUUCUACCUUUCACACUUGAAGGAACCUCUCACAAGGACCAUGACAGCUUCAGUCAUUUUAAGUAUUCUUUUUGUUUGGAUGGUGUCGCCCAGUCUGUCACGAGGGACCGGGUUUCUCUAUCAGUUUCCAGGUGUGACACUGCAACGCAUCAAUUCCGAACAAAUUGUCGGACCCCCUACAGGCUCCAAUGCAGUACGCAGGAACUGGUGUCAGUACACUGUGUCGAAAACGGUGUCAUGCCAGGUGCACAACGGGACCGAGGCGCUGGUGCAGCGUGUGUUUCAGAGCUGCCGGUGGCCCGGGCCCUGCUCUAACCUCAUCAGUUACAGGACCCUGGUCAGGCCCACGUACAGACUGACGUAUCGGCAGGUGACAGCCCUGGAGUGGAAGUGCUGCCCAGGCUUCCUGGGAGAAGACUGCAGUAAGGAGUGUAUGAACUGCACUGGCUUUGCCGACGUGAACGACCGACUGAGCACCAUUGAGUCCAAGAUUCUGUUGCUGGAAGAAGCAGGGCCUCCGCCUAUUCCCAUCAGGUCCUACACUGAGAGGGCAGCAGACAACGAGGUGGGAGCAGCCAAGCCCACCCUCCUCAGUCCUCCAGGCCACGGAAUACCAGGAGCCCGGGGCCCUCCGGGGCCGGUGGGGCCCCCGGGUACCGCAGGCCCUCCAGGGCGCGCUGGAGAGACGGGCGUCUCUGGGAAACCUGGACCGGUGGGACCCAGAGGGCCCCAGGGCCAGAGAGGGAUCCCAGGGGAGAGGGGUCUUCCUGGGCCAGCGGGCCCGCCAGGACCCGCCUCUCACCUCCUCCGUGGAGAUGUGUUUGGCCUCCGGGAGCUGGGACAGUACGAUGAGGUAGACAUCUCUCCAUGGAAUGGCCAGAGUCCUGUGAGUGGCCCCCCAGGACCAGCCGGGCCCCCUGGCCCCCCAGGUGGCUCCGGACCCAUGGGGUUGCCAGGCAACCCAGCCCCCCCCGGCCGAAAUGGCAGAGAUGGGCUGUCGGGCAGGCCCGGGGAUCGUGGGGCUAAAGGAGAUGCUGGUGAGAGGGGACCUCCAGGACACGGUGGCGAACAGGGCUUGCGAGGGGCUCCAGGACCUAAGGGAGAGCCAGGAGACGGUCUCCCUGAGGGUGAGGGGGCGCUGCAGCUGAGGGAAGCUCUGAAGAUCCUGGCAGAGAGGGUCCUCAUCCUGGAGCACAUGAUCGGCAUUCACGAGAACCCCCUAGAGCCAGGGUCUGGGCUGGAUAUCCCAAUACCCUCCUCCACUCUCGCACUGCGGGAGACCAGAAGCUGAUUGGAGAGCAGCAAGUCAGGAGGGCGGGCAAUUAGACACUCCUGCCAAUCACUGGAGAGCAUGUUUUUUUGUUGUUGCCUCAACUGUUGAUUGGUUCGAGAUUGAGAUUGACACUCCGUAUGUUUACAGGGGCUGUAUAGGACCAUGGGGAGUGACCAUUCUCAUGGACAGGAAAUAACACAAAAGACUUUCGUGCAUUGAUGUUGAUGAGGGUAGGUCUGUUGACAUUAUAGUUGUCAUAGGCACAACUGAAUUUAAUCCACUUUGUGCAGGCACUGGUCCUAACAUAUGCAUCUUCUGAUAGGUCGUUCAUUGCAAAAGAUGCCCAAGGAAUAUUGUCGAAAUCCAUUUUUGCCAUUGUACUGGUUAAACGUUUUAUAAACAAAAUCAUUAUUUUUUAAUCUGUUUUUACAUUGUAAGUGUACUGUUUUUCUUGACCGUAGUGGCACGACAGGGAUAUAACGAGCUGGUAUCAAGAACCUUUUCAAUUGACUGUAGUCCUCUCCAUCUGGUCACUCUUGUUUUAUACAGUCUGCCAAAAAGCCAAAUGACUGUCCCCUAGCCGUGUCUCCCUGUAGAGGGCUCUAGCACCGAGGUCACAUUGACUGCUUUGGAAUGUUCUUGGCUUUGACUGUAUUUUCAUUCUGGCCUUACUAUUUGCACAGGAUUUACCAAGAAAUUGUAUAAAUAUCUUUUCUGUAACUUACUGUACGAAUUCAACGCAAUUGAAUUACCCCAAAUCGGAUCCCAAUACCCUUUACCCCUUUCACUGUACCAGUGUCUCAGUCUGGAAAUAAACCUGUUUUUAUAAGUAUGA